AUGAAGGUCGCCUCGCUCGUCUUUGCUAGCGCAUGUGCUAUUGUUCUCGCUGCUCCCGCGCCACAGCUUGACGCUUUGACUGGUCUUCUCGGGUCUGCUGGUGCUGCGGGCGGCGCGCUAGACGGAGCACAGGGCAUCCUCGGCAGCGUUGGGGGCGGCAAUGCUCUCGGUAAAGCGACAGGAGGAAAGGCAGCUGGUGGUGGUGCAGUACCUGCAGCAGGCGGUACAGGUGCAGCCUCCGGCUUCAAGCCCAAGACCGGCAAUACGCCCAAGGCUGCAGUGCCCGAAUCUACGAAACCAAAGACGAACCAAGUGAGCACAGAGGCUGCAGUGAUUGAUGCAGAUACUUCGGCCUUUGCGACGGUCACGCCCGUACCCGUCAAUCAACUCGCUGUUGCUGGCAACGGUGAUGCUUCGCUCGGUGGCUCCGGACAGCUGCUGGGUCUCUGA